AUGUCACCAACAACACAACGCAACCCCUUCCCCUUCGCUCUCCCCCCAAGUCUCACCAACACCGCCAGCAACGCCCUCACAGCCGUUUCUCAGCAUAUUGACACCUCUGUCGUGCUCCCCACCGCCUUAGCGGCUCUCACCUCAGUCGCUAGCCAUGGCCUGUCCCGCGAUCGGACGACGGUUGGGCCAGCGGGAGAACUGAUUUCGGAAGGGGUUUGUUGGGGGAUAUGGGCGGGGGCGUUGUUGCUCGCAGGAGGGGGGGUUGGGAGUGGAAAGGGGUCGGGUUUGAGUUGGGAUUUAGGGUUGAGCGGGAUAGCCGGGAGGAAAAGGGGGAGAGCGGGUGAUGGCCAAGAGGGGGAUGGGGAUGUGGAGGUUGGGUUGUUGGAGUUGGAGAAUGCGAAUGGGAAUGCGAAUGGGGGGCCGUCGUCCGCAUCAGCAGGAGCAGCAGGCAGGGGAACGGAAGAGGGUGAUGCUGCUGCUUCGUGGUCAGUGUGGGCGGUUGCUGUGGGCUUGGUGGUUGCGGCGUUGUAUCGUGCUGAGCUGGGGGAUAUUGCGUUGUUUCCCGUCUUGACGCCAUUACUCCUCCUAGCGGACAGGCGAUUCCGGCCAGAGAUUCAAAAACCCUCGGGCGGGCUUGGCGCGUUGGCGUACACUGCUUGGGGCACAGCACUGGUGGCUGUAUUCGGGCUGUUUGCGUUGCUCGGGCGUGACGCGGUUGGCUGGGCGCUGGUGCUGAUUCCCAUGGUGGCUCUGUUUAUCGUCUAUGCGGCGUUGAUUCCUCGGUCUGUGGACGGCCGACAGUGGCUUCCGUCAGUUCCUGAACUUGAAGAGGUUAUUGUACCGCUCGCGAGCAGGGUGGGCGUCCUCGUGGUCGUUGGGCUCGGCGCGCAGGUCUUUGUGUUUGGGAUACGCAGCCUGGUGUUUGGGUUCUCGGCGUUGUUGUUAGGGCUACUCAAGGCGGGCUUUUGGUAUUUUACGGUGCAAGCGGCCCGCAACACAUCUUGGGUCGUAGCGACGGCCAUUGGAACGUUUGGCCUAGUGGCCUCGCGUGAUCCCUACGUUCAACUUUCAAACACGCAGGCUUUCCUGCCCUUUUUCGCCUCGCUGCUCGUCCUGGUCCAGGUCAUCUACGCCCUUCCGUCACAAACAAAAGGCCGGAUGGUCCUCUGGGCCUUGUUUUUAAUUCCCUUUGGACCAUAUCUGGCCAACAUUGCCGCGAUUCGGUCGGCGCAGUCUUCGGCACUGCAUUCCGUCGCACACCCGAUCGAAGUUCUGGCCCGCAGUGCCCGGUCAGACUUCAAACAGAUCCUGGACCGACAAUCGAAAACGUACUCGAGCGCCAUCAAAGAAUACCAGCGCCGAUAUGGCGUUGAGCCUCCGCAGGGGUUCAAAGAGUGGUAUGAGUUUGUUGUGGCCAACGAGUCGCCCAUUAUCGACGAGUUCGACGCGAUCCACGACGCCGUUGCACCCUUCUGGAAGCUCAGCGGCGAUGAAGUCCAGAAAGUCAUGGAUGAGGCGUACAACACACCGGGCAUUGACUUAUGGCUCUGCUCGUACUCAUCCGAAAACUCCGAGACGACAUGCAAGCAUCCCUGGAGGGGUUCAGACAGACACAUCGCAGAGAUGUUUAGCAGCGUUCUGGGUGAUUUGCAUGGCCUUAUCCCUGAUGCCAAGUUUCUGGUAAACCACCUGGAUGAACCGCGUGUGUUAUUACCUCAUGGAACCGACACCAAAGGGUCGAAGUCCUUGAGCCUGACUGAUCUCUCCGAACAACCCACCUGGAAUGCCGUCACCAAGUACUGUCCCACCAACCCCGAACGCGGCAUCGCCAAUCCGCCCCUUGAAGAGGCCGGCCUCCCCCUAGUAGCCAACCUCACCCACUCUCUCGAUCUCUGCAAACAUCCGGAGUACGCGACAUCCCACGGCCUAUUCCAAGCCCCGGCCUCUUUCAAACUUAUCGAGGGCCUCGUCCCAGUUCUCUCCACCGGCUCUCCCUCCACCAUGUCCGACAUCCUCAUCCCCUCUCCAGCCUAUCUCGUCGAAUCCGAGUUCCAGUACAACCCCGAAACCGACAUUCCCUUCUCCCACAAAGCACCCAACCUCUACUGGACAGGCUCUACCACCGGCGGUGUCUCCUCGGCCUCCCACGACUGGCACACCUUCCACCGCCAACGGUUCCUCACCCUCGCUCAAAACCUUGACCACUCGCAACACCACACCUACCUCCACCAAACCCAAGGCUCCACCGCCCCAACCACCAUCACCACCUCCUUCCUCAACACCCACCACUACCACGUCUCACCCACCCGCAUCUUCCAAUGCGCCACCCCCCUCGCCUGCCGUCAACAACGCGCCCACUUCCGCACCUUACCCUGGCAACCCGCCGACGCAGCCUUCCAAUCCCAACUCGCCUUCGACCUCGACGGCAACGGGAUAUCAGGACGUUUCUACAAGAUACUCGCGAGCCACUCCGCCGUGCUGAAGCAGACACUACUCCGGGAGUGGCACGACGAGCGGCUUAAACCGUGGGUGCAUUAUGUUCCUGUCAGCAUGGGUAUGGGGGAACUGCCGGAGAUGGUGAGUUGGUUCGUGGAGAGCGCACGCGGGAGACAGUUUGCGGAGGAAGUAGCCAGGGAAGGGAGAGAGUGGAUGGGGAAGGGGAUGAGGGGGGUGGAUGUGAAGGCGUAUUUAUGGAGGUUGGUGUUGGAGUUGGCGAGGGUCGGGGAGAAAGGGCGUGGGGCGAUUAAGGAGGUAGAGUAG